GCCCCAUGACGCAUUCACAGACCGUCAGCUUCUUCGAAGAGCACAACUUCUUCGGGGCCUCGAAGGACCAGGUAUGGUUCUUCGAGCAAGGAACCAUGCCUUGCCUCUCCCCGGAAGGGAAGAUCCUUCUAGAGUCGGCUGGCAGCGUUGCUUGCAACCCGGAUGGCAAUGGCGGUCUCUAUCCUGCCCUGAAGCGAAGCGGCUGCCUCGAUCGCUUGCUGGACCUGGGGGUGAAAAGUCUUCACGUCUUCUCUGUGGACAAUCCACUUUGCCGACCUGCAGAUCCACGAUUCAUCGGGUACUGCCUCUCCAAGAGCGCGGACUGUGGCAACAAGUGCGUAUGGAAGGCCAGCCCCGAUGAAAAGGUUGGAGUGGUGGCCAAGAAGGGAGGUCGCCCCAGCGUGAUGGAAUACAGUGAGCUGGACGAUGCUCGCAAGAAGCAGUGCGAUGAAAGCGGUCGAUUAGUUUUCGGCGCUGGAAAUAUUUGCAAUCACUUCUUCUCCGUUGAGUUUCUCGCAAAUGUUGUGGUGCCCAACAUGGCUGCCAUGUUCCACCUGGCUCACAAGAAGAUCCCCUGCGCGGGGGAAGAUGGCAAGACUGUAAAGCCUGACAGCAACAACGGCGUCAAACUGGAGGCCUUUGUUUUCGAUGUCUUUCCCAUGAGCAGCAACAUGGCUAUCCUGGAGACGAGGAGAGAGGAGGAGUUCGCCCCAGUCAAAAAUGCUCCUGGCACAGCCACAGACAGUCCUGACAGCGCCAGGGCAAUGGUAAAUGCACUGUGCCGCAGCUGGGUCGAGCAGGCUGGCGGAAAGCUGGAAGGAGCCAAGGAUGACGUGCUCGAGGUCUCCCCGCUACUGUCUUAUGCCGGCGAGGGCUUGGAGGAUCGUGUGAGCGGCAAGACUUUGUCGGCACCUUGCCACCUCGAGUAA